CUUUAACACACACACCUCUGCUGUUUGGACUUCAAACCCUCUCUUAGUGAGAUGUUACAUGUAUUUCCCCGUGUCUCAUAAGAGCUCUUCUCGGCUGGCGGCUUCUCGUGUCAUACCAUUUCUUUAGGAACGCAACAAGAGAACCAGAGCAAAACAGGUGGUGAAAUCCCAGUCUACUAAUUCGGGGAUGGAUGUGGGAAUGCUGGAAAUCCCAGCUGAGCUAUCAGCUCGAUUACGUAGUGCAGCAGGCCGUCCACAUGGGUCAGGGGUCACAGAGGUAGCUCCACCGCAGGUCAAAGCUGAGCAUCACCUCUCCUUGCCUCCUGAUAUUGACAGCUACCCGUUCUCCCGAUACGCCAACACAGUUCUCAAGGAUGGAUGGUGCCAGGCUCAGGGUCUUUCCCUACAGAGACCCCUCACCUCUCUGGAGCCGGGGGAUUCCCGCAUAGCUCUGGAGAUAUACAAACUGAUUAUACGCUUCUGUGGAGACUCAGAGAUGACUGGAUGGCAGGAGCAGAUGUUAGGGAAUUACAUAGCGGAGAAAGGCCAAAGCAGACCUUCACUCAGGGAUGAGAUCUUGGCUCAGCUCGUCUAUCAUACAUGGGGUUGUGAGGAUGUGGAGCGCUUACUGAGAGGCUGGUUUCUCCUGGCCACCUGUCUCAGUGCCUUCACACCAUCUCCUUCACUGGAUAAAGCUUUGCUCAAGUAUGUGUCCGACCAGGGUCCAGGAGAAUAUCGCUCUCUGUGUCAGCAUAAACUUCUCACAUCACUUCAGCUGCCAUCUCCUGCUUGUAGACAACACCCACCUACUCAGCUUGAAUGGACUGCCAAUCAGAGAAAGGGGAAGAUGGUUGUAGAGGUCAACACCUUCAAUGAGGAGAAGUUAAUAGCAGAAGUGGAAUCCUGGACUACAGGAGAACAACUGGCAUCCUGGCUUUUGAGCUUUAGAGGUGUGCCUGACCUUCCACGGGGCUGGUCUGUGUCUCUGCUAGCUGAUGAGGGCUGGUCUGAUCUAAAUGGCUGUGACUAUGUGAUGGAUCUGCUGGCCAGUGCAGAGAAUGAUGCUCCCUUGGGACAAACAUCUGCCCAUCCUGAUUAUCUUUUCAGUGACAUGGGGAACAGGGCGAUGGCCUCAGAUUUGGACGACUUUAUCCCUCCAGCUCCCUCCAUGCAGGCUCCUGGCCUCCCUCCUUUUGAAGCUCCCCAAAGGGACUCUUAUGGUCAGUACAGCUCAUCUCAGGGAUCCCGAGCACCUAAGCUGGAUUCCUAUGUGGAUGACCUUUUUGAUCCUGUCCUGGAUCAGGGACCUCCAGACUUUGAGCGAACUGCCAUGCUGAACCGCAGGAUGAGGGGAGGAGGAGGGAUGCACCCAAGCAUGUAUAAUGGAGCAGGAGUUCCAAUGCCAGCUUAUAUGGGAAUGCCCAUGAAUCCAGCCAUGCCAGCCUAUGCAACCACACCAAUGAUGCCUAACAUGAUGCCUGGAGUUGCCCAAAUGCCUAUGAUGCCCCCUAUGCCAUCUAUGAUGAUGCCAGGUGCAAUGGCACAAUCCACUAUGCCCACCAGCCUUCCAGCCAUCAACCCACAGCAGCUGGCUGAACAGCAGCAAGCUUUCAUCAACCAGCAAGCUUUGCUCAUGGCCCAGCAGAUGACAUUGCAGGCAAUGACACUGUCCCAACAGCAGCAGGAAGAGAAGCUGCAAAAACAGCGCAAGCAACAACAGCAGUCAGAGAAGGAGCAGCGUGCAGAUCCUCGGAGUUCACAGAGCACCACCCCUGCAGAACAGCCCACUCACAGCACAGCACGUAAACCCAACAAUCCACCUGUGCAACAUACUACCCCAGUGCUCCAGCAACCUAGAAAAGAUGUCAACACUGCACAGAAUCCAGAAUCUUUUCAGGCAAAGAGAGCCUUCUUCCAGAAGAUUGGAACUCAGGAAGCUCCUUCAAAACCUCCUCCGAAGUUUGCUAAACCACUUAUCUAUGCCCCAGCUGAACAGGCCAAAGCUCCAUCUCCAUUUCCAUCUAUGCCUGAAGUAAAACCACCUCCAGAACCCAGUAUACCGCCAGAGUCAUCAACGUCAGAUCAUGAAUCACCUCCAAUGUCACCUUCUAAACCAGAACCCAGCAGCAACAUUCGAGAUAUCAUCAAGCGGUACCAGAGCCGGCCUCCUCCAGAUCCCAAGGCCUUUGAGCCUGUCAGGGUUCCUGCCAAGCACUUUAUGAAAAAGAACGACCCUAAAGAGGAGGCACUGGCCAUUCUCAGAGCGAAAGGACCAGUUUCUCCACAGAAGAAACAAUGGGCCGCUCCUCCACCACAAAAAAAAGAGCCACUAUUUCCUCUUCCUCCUCCUGCUCCUCCAGCUCCUCCAUCUGAGCCUGAAAGACCUGGUCCUCGCUCCAUCUCCAGCAGCAUGAGACAGAAGCAGCGUUCUCUAGCUGACCUCUUUGGCUCGCAGCGCUCUCAUGCCCCACCCACAAUUCCUCCAGAACCCGCCCCUGUUCUCCCAAAUAACAUCCCUGACCCACCCCUAAUGCCCGCACCUGGACUAAAUCAGCUUCAAAAAAUGACCAAUGAAGAGAGUGUUCGCUCCCAGCUACACAAAUUUACACCUGGUGUCUCCUUCUCCUACUCACGUAUGCCUGGGAAGCUCUACUUGCGGAAAGAGUUGUUCUACCCCAGAGAGAAGUUCACUCGUCCAUAUAUCCUGAAUUUACUGUGUGAGCAGAUUAUGAGAGACACCUACUCAGAUGCCUGUGUGCGAAUCUCCCGUGAAGAGCGGCGCAAAAUGAAAGAUUUGCUCGGACGCUUCCAUGUCGGAACGAGCAUCAGCACCCUGCAGGAUGAUGCCAUGAAGAAAAGGGUCGUCAUGGCAGCCAGAGACAACUGGGCAAAUUAUUUCACACGUCUUUUCGCCAUUACCGGUGGAAAUACAGACGAUACUCAGAUACUCGGGGUUUCACAUCGUGGCAUCAAAAUGCUGAGGAUAGUCAGAGCAUCCGGCAUCAACCCAAAACACCUCAAAUUGCUCCGGAGUUACAGCUAUGCAGAAAUGUUGUCUGUGGAGCUGAAGGAUGCUGAGACUGUUUUAAUCAGCCUGAAAAGUGAGGACCUGCAGAUACACUCUUCACAAGCUCCUCAGAUAACUCAUGUGGUGCGACUCUUCCUCAGCGAGCUGACCAAGGGUUCAGAGUAUGUUAUUGCUCUGAAGAGCUAUGUGACAGAUGACAGAAGCUUGCUUAGCUUCCAGAAAGGUGAUGUCAUCAAACUGCUGCAAAUGGAUGGCCUCCAGAACGGAUGGAAUUUCGGCUCAACCGGAGGCAGAUCUGGUCUUUUCCCUGCUGAUAUCACUCAGCCGUCUGCGCCUCCAGACUACCACAGCAUGGCGAUUAGCCGACAGAUCGAGAGGAAAAAGAGCAUGAGGAGCUCUCGUACCUCGCUGAUGCCCCCUGGUGGACUCUCAACCAAAAAGCACACAAGUCUGGAAUCAGGGGCCAGUCAACGCAGUAUUGAGCGCAGUGAGGUGGGGUCAGUCCAAAGCUCAGAGAUAGACCUCCAACAGUACCACAUGACUGAGUUUGCCAGGAAGUUCUUCAGAGAGGCUAUUCUCAGGCCAAACGAGAGAGGCCAAGCCACUGGAGUUAGAGAGCUUGAACAGAUGGUGCAAUACACAGCAGAACCAAUCAAUGAGUCUCUAAUCCUGUUUUCGGACAAUGAGCUCAGUGUUCUGGGUGUUCAGUCUUUCAUGCAUGUGAUGCAGUUCAUGACUGACCAACCAUUAAGGAAAGACCAGACAGAAGGAAUGUGUGCCAAUUUUAUUGUACAGCUUGCGAAAGAGAAGGAGUUUCUCCGGGAUGAGCUCUACUGCCAGAUCAUCAAACAGACCUCUAACAAUCCACACAAAGAGAGCUGUGCACGAGGCUGGCUUCUGUUAUACCUGAUCACUGGCUUCUUCCCCUGUUCCUCCACAUUACUGCCGUACAUGACACGCCAUCUACAGAGCUGCGGUCAGGAUCCCAACCAUCCAUACCGAGAGAAGGCUCAGGCGUGUAAGGAUAAUCUCAAACAUUCACUCGCUUAUGGAGGACGCAGAUAUAUUCCUUCGCAUGUGGAGAUGGAAGCCAUCUUGGCUGGUCGGAGCACUCGGAUGUUGCCAAUCCUGCUCCCAGGUGAAGUGGAGUUCCCGUGCAAAGUCCGCAGCUUCAGCGUGGCGAGUGAAGUCAUGAUAGACAUUUGCACAGAGAUGGGUGUGAGUGAUCCGGCUGAAGUGAACGAAUUUUCCCUCCUUGCCACCCGCAGACAGGACGGACAAGUGCGUCCCAUUCACCCGGAUGAGUACGUGUUGGACUUCCUUCUGGAUGAUGGCUCAGUCUUGCUCUCUUUCCAUCGUCUCAUCUGGAAACAUCCCCUGCGUUUUGAGAAUGCUCUCUAUGUCGAGUUUCAUUACCACCUGAUCCUGGCUGAUUACCUGAGGGGGAAAUACCUCUUGCCUGGUAACAGUUCCACAUUUAAGCAGCAGGCGGCAGAGUUGGCUGCACUACAGCACCUCGCUUUGGGAUUUGAUCAACAGCCUACACCGCAAGAGCUCAAGCAGUAUUUUCCCUGUAUGGAUGCCAAUGCCAAUGACCAAAAUCUGCACAGUGUUGCACUGAGACACUUUUCUCUCAUUGCAAACACCAACCCUGCUGAAGCUAAAAUACACUUCAUCAAGACUCUCAGUUCACUGCACCUCUUUGGCUUUAACGUAUUCAUGGCUCAGAAGGUCAGUCAGAAAAGUUGUCCAUCACCCUGUCUGUUGGCAGUCAACCAUGAAUGCAUCAACAUUCUUCACCCACAAACACAGUUGUCAGCUUUAACAAUUCCAGUGGAAGAGGUGCAGUCCUUGCGCACUUUCAGUCCCAAAAAGGAAAAAGUGCCAGCAGUAGAGAUCAACUUUGGCAACCCAUCUCAUGUUAACACCAUUGCUAUUUAUCUGAAACAGGCCAGGGAGCUUUGUCACAUCAUUGCUAUAAUCAUGGAGCUAGUGACACCAACUCCCAGGAACUGCACAUGAACAUUUUAGUAUGCACGACACCGUUCUUCAAAGCAUUUGCUCGCUUGCAAGCGGCUCUGUGACUGGAGGCAUGCUGAUGAAGAAUUUGAGAAGUUUUUUCUAAUGUUUCUUUUAAAAACUAUCGGACCCUUCAACAUUAACUAGAGACCCUUCUUUUUGAUUACUUAGAUUUAUUCUUCAUAUCCUAAACAUCCACUGACUUUAAAUGUUCUAAAUUUCACUGAAAUCUAAGAUUUUACUGGACUAAAAUGUUAUAUAUAAAUAUGUGUUUAUUUUUGAUUAUUUCCUGUUUUACUUUAUUUACUCUACUGUAUUUAAGAAUAAUGAAGCCAAGUGUGUGUAUAGCCCAUGUUAUACAUUUGAUUAUUAUUAAAACAAAAUCGAAACAUAUAUCUCAUAUAUAACUUAAUAUGUCUAUUUAAGUCUUCCGUUUUAUAUAUAAUGGAGAGAGAAAGAGAGAGAGAGAGAGAGAGAGAGAGAGAGGGAGGAAAAGGGUUAGUCUUCAUGUUCUAUUUAAAAACAAUGAGUGCUGAGUUAUUAUUAUUAUAUUGAAAAUACACAUUUUUCUAAUUAUUCAAUCAUGUCAUGUAUAUACAAACACAUGUGUUGGGUAAUGUAAUUGACAACUCAAAGCUGAUUAUUUUCCAAUAAAACAGAGUUAUUCCUUUUA